AUGCUGUAUACAUCUCCUCACCCCCGCUCUUCUUGCCCCCCCCCCUCGCCUACCCUGUCCACCGCCCCCAGCGUCGUCGUCCCCACAGCCGCCCCGUCCGUGGGCGUGGAGGUGCGUGUGAGCGCGUGGCAGCAGAGGGGGAGGAGGGCAGGCGGAUUGGGGGAGGGCGCAGGGCAGGGCGGAGGGGAGCAGGUGAGUGUGCGAUGGAGAGGGGUGGCGAGCAGCAAUGACGUCUGGAGAAGUGGCAGCGAGGGCAGCAGCAGCAGCAGCAGCUGGGGCAAUGGGAGUGGCGGCAGUGGGAGCAGGCGAAGGCAGGCAGGCAGCAGCAGGUGCAGCGGUGGUGCGUGGCGUGGCGUGUGUGGUGCUGCUCGGCCCGUGCUGUGGCUGCCAGGGACGCACGGCUGUGAGAAGCGCUGCCGCACGCCAAGGGCGGGCAGGAGGGCAGUGCGCGCUGUGAGUGGUGAGGCUGGAAUGGAGCAGCAGGGGGGAGAGGUGAGUAACGAAGAAGCGGGAGAGGAGGUUGUGGGGAGGGGGUCACAGGUGGGGCAAGGCCUUGCAUUGCGGGCAUUGGAGAAGGAAAAAGGGAAGGAGGAGGGGAAGGAGAAGGAGAAGGAGGGCACGUGGGCGAGCAGCAGCCACCACGUUCUGUUCUGCUCGCAGUGUGGCUCUCCCACCAAUCUCAUUGUGCCACCUGCCCACAUCUCUGUAGCUACCUCCGCAGUGGCUGAUGCAUCACAAGCCAAAGAUAUCCCCACAGCACCACUCACCUCCGCCCCGUCCACUCCUUCCACGCGCCCAUCCUCCCUCUCCCUCCUCCUCACAAUAAAGCAAUGCCCCGUGCACCCGCCAUGCCGCACCACUCCAUCCCGGGACGACAAGCCAAGGGACGUGUGCAGCAGCGAGCGGUGUGGGCGCGUGCACUACGCCAACCCCAAAGUGGUCGUCGGCGCGCUCUGCCUCUGGGAGGGCAAGGUGGGGCGCUGUGUGUGUGUGUGGCAGACGUGGUGCUGCUGUGUAGAAGGGGCAUCCCACCGUGUGAAGGCAUGUGGGGCUUCCCUCAAGGUGCGUCGCUCCCUGUGCUUCCCUCAAGGUGCGUCACUCCCUGUGCUUCCCUCAAGGUGCGUCGCUCCCUGUGCUUCCCUCAAGGUGCGUCGCUCCCUGUGCUUCCCUCAAGGUGCGUCGCUCCCUGUGCUUCCCUCAAGGUGCGUCGCUCCCGGUGCUUCCCUCAAGGUGCGUCGCUCCCUGUGCUUCCCUCAAGGUGCGUCGCUCCCUGUGCUUCCCUCAAGGUGCGUCGCUCCCUGUGCUUCCCUCAAGGUGCGUCGCUCCCUGUGCUUCCCUCAAGGUGUGUCGCUCCCUGUGCUUCCCUCAAGGUGCGUCGCUCCCUGUGCUUCCCUCAAGGUGCGUCGCUCCCUGUGCUUCCCUCAAGGUGCGUCGCUCCCUGUGCUUCCCUCAAGGUGCGUCGCUCCCUGUGCUUCCCUCAAGGUGCGUCGCUCCCUGUGCUUCCCUCAAGGUGCGUCGCUCCCUGUGCUUCCCUCAAGGUGCGUCGCUCCCUGUGCUUCCCUCAAGGUGCGUCGCUCCCUGUGCUUCCCUCAAGGUGCGUCGCUCCCUGUGCUUCCCUCAAGGUGCGUCGCUCCCUGUGCUUCCCUCAAGGUGCGUCGCUCCCUGUGCUUCCCUCAAGGUGCGUCGCUCCCUGUGCUUCCCUCAAGGUGCGUCGCUCCCUGUGCUUCCCUCAAGGUGCGUCGCUCCCUGUGCUUCCCUCAAGGUGCGUCGCUCCCUGUGCUUCCCUCAAGGUGCGUCGCUCCCUGUGCUUCCCUCAAGGUGCGUCGCUCCCUGUGCUUCCCUCAAGGUGCGUCGCUCCCUGUGCUUCCCUCAAGGUGCGUCGCUCCCUGUGCUUCCCUCAAGGUGCGUCGCUCCCUGUGCUUCCCUCAAGGUGCGUCGCUCCCUGUGCUUCCCUCAAGGUGCGUCGCUCCCGGUGCUUCCCUCAAGGUGCGUCGCUCCCUGUGCUUCCCUCAAGGUGCGUCGCUCCCUGUGCUUCCCUCAAGGUGCGUCGCUCCCUGUGCUUCCCUCAAGGUGCGUCGCUCCCUGUGCUUCCCUCAAGGUGCCUCGCUCCCUGUGCUUCCCUCAAGGUGCGUCGCUCCCUGUGCUUCCCUCAAGGUGCGUCGCUCCCUGUGCUUCCCUCAAGGUGCGUCGCUCCCUGUGCUUCCCUCAAGGUGCGUCGCUCCCUGUGCUUCCCUCAAGGUGCGUCACUCCCUGUGCUUCCCUCAAGGUGCGUCGCUCCCUGUGCUUCCCUCAAGGUGCGUCGCUCCCGGUGCUUCCCUCAAGGUGCGUCGCUCCCUGUGCUUCCCUCAAGGUGCGUCGCUCCCUGUGCUUCCCUCAAGGUGCGUCGCUCCCGGUGCUUCCCUCAAGGUGCAUCGCUCCCUGUGCUUCCCUCAAGGUGCGUCGCUCCCUGUGCUUCCCUCAAGGUGCGUCGCUCCCUGUGCUUCCCUCAAGGUGCGUCGCUCCCUGUGCUUCCCUCAAGGUGCGUCGCUCCCUGUGCUUCCCUCAAGGUGCGUCGCUCCCUGUGCUUCCCUCAAGGUGCGUCGCUCCCUGUGCUUCCCUCAAGGUGCGUCGCUCCCUGUGCUUCCCUCAAGGUGCGUCGCUCCCUGUGCUUCCCUCAAGGUGCGUCGCUCCCUGUGCUUCCCUCAAGGUGCGUCGCUCCCUGUGCUUCCCUCAAGGUGCGUCGCUCCCUGUGCUUCCCUCAAGGUGCGUCGCUCCCUGUGCUUCCCUCAAGGUGCGUCGCUCCCUGUGCUUCCCUCAAGGUGCGUCGCUCCCUGUGCUUCCCUCAAGGUGCGUUGCUCCCUGUGCUUCCCUCAAGGUGCGUCGCUCCCUGUGCUUCCCUCAAGGUGCGUCGCUCCCUGUGCUUCCCUCAAGGUGCGUCGCUCCCUGUGCUUCCCUCAAGCUGCGUCGCUCCCUGUGCUUCCCUCAAGGUGCGUCGCUCCCUGUGCUUCCCUCAAGGUGCGUCGCUCCCUGUGCUUCCCUCAAGGUGCGUCGCUCCCUGUGCUUCCCUCAAGCUGCGUCGCUCCCUGUGCUUCCCUCAAGGUGCGUCGCUCCCUGUGCUUCCCUCAAGGUGCGUCGCUCCCUGUGCUUCCCUCAAGGUGCGUCGCUCCCUGUGCUUCCCUCAAGGUGCGUCGCUCCCUGUGCUUCCCUCAAGGUGCGUCGCUCCCUGUGCUUCCCUCAAGGUGCGUAGCUCCCUGUGCUUUCCUCAAGGUGCGUCGCUCCCUGUGCUUCCCUCAAGGUGCGUCGCUCCCUGUGCUUCCCUCAAGGUGCGUCGCUCCCUGUGCUUCCCUCAAGGUGCGUCGCUCCCUGUGCUUCCCUCAAGGUGCGUCGCUCCCUGUGCUUCCCUCAAGGUGCGUCGCUCCCUGUGCUUCCCUCAAGGUGCGUCGCUCCCUGUGCUUCCCUCAAGGUGCGUCGCUCCCUGUGCUUCCCUCAAGGUGCGUCGCUCCCGGUGCUUCCCUCAAGGUGCGUCGCUCCCUGUGCUUCCCUCAAGGUGCGUCGCUCCCUGUGCUUCCCUCAAGGUGCGUCGCUCCCUGUGCUUCCCUCAAGGUGCGUCGCUCCCUGUGCUUCCCUCAAGGUGCGUCGCUCCCUGUGCUUCCCUCAAGCUGCGUCGCUCCCUGUGCUUCCCUCAAGGUGCGUCGCUCCCUGUGCUUCCCUCAAGGUGCGUCGCUCCCUGUGCUUCCCUCAAGGUGCGUCGCUCCCUGUGCUUCCCUCAAGGUGCGUCGCUCCCGGUGCUUCCCUCAAGGUGCGUCGCUCCCUGUGCUUCCCUCAAGGUGCGUCGCUCCCUGUGCUUCCCUCAAGGUGCGUCGCUCCCUGUGCUUCCCUCAAGGUGCGUCGCUCCCUGUGCUUCCCUCAAGGUGCGUCGCUCCCUGUGCUUCCCUCAAGGUGCGUCGCUCCCUGUGCUUCCCUCAAGGUGCGUCGCUCCCUGUGCUUUCCUCAAGGUGCGUCGCUCCCUGUGCUUCCCUCAAGGUGCGUCGCUCCUUGUGCUUCCCUCAAGGUGCGUCACUCCCUGUGCUUCCCUCAAGGUGCGUCGCUCCCUGUGCUUCCCUCAAGGUGCGUCGCUCCCUGUGCUUCCCUCAAGGUGCGUCGCUCCCUGUGCUUCCCUCAAGGUGCGUCGCUCCCUGUGCUUCCCUCAAGGUGCGUCGCUCCCGGUGCUUCCCUCAAGGUGCGUCGCUCCCUGUGCUUCCCUCAAGGUGCGUCGCUCCCUGUGCUUCCCUCAAGGUGCGUCGCUCCCUGUGCUUCUCUCAAGGUGCGUCGCUCCCUGUGCUUCCCUCAAGGUGCGUCGCUCCCUGUGCUUCCCUCAAGGUGCGUCGCUCCCUGUGCUUCCCUCAAGGGUUCUUGGAGCUGGGGGAGUCGUCGAGGGAGGGCGCGGAGAGGGAGGUGCGCGAGGAGGCGUGCGCAGAGGUGCGAGUGAGAAGCCUGCUGGCCGUCUACAACAUUCCCAACCAGGUCAGCCUGCUGGCCGUCUACAACAUUCCCAACCAGGUCAGCCUGCUGGCCGUCUACAACAUUCCCAACCAGGUUGGUUGGCUAGUCCCACUCCCAACCUCCCUCACCCUCUCUCUACCCACUUUCUAUCCAUCCCCCUCUCCAUCCUCCGCCCUUCUCCAUCCUCCGCCCUUCUCCAUCCUCCGCCCUUCUCCAUCCUCCGCCCUUCUCCAUCCUCUGCCCUUCUCCAUCCUCCGCCCUUCUCCAACCUCCCCCCCUGCCCAUUCUCCCCACUGCCCAUCCUCCCCCCCUCCUGCCCAUCCGCCUCCCUGCCCAUCCUCCCCCCCCCCUGCCCAUUCUCCCCACUGCCCAUCCUCCCCCCCCCCUGCCCAUUCUCCCCACUGCCCAUCCUCCCCCCCCCCCUGCCCAUUCUCCCCACUGCCCAUCCUCCCCCCCCCCUGCCCAUUCUCCCCACUGCCCAUCCUCUCCCCCCCCCUGCCCAUUCUCCCCACUGCCCAUCCUCCCCCCCCCCCCUGCCCAUUCUCCCCACUGCCCAUUCUCCCCCCCCCCUGCCCAUUCUCCCCACUGCCCAUCCUCCCCCCCCCCCCUGCCCAUUCUGCCCACUGCCCAUCCUCCCCCCCCCCUGCCCAUUCUCCCCACUGCCCAUCCUCUCCCCCCCCCUGCCCAUUCUCCCCACUGCCCAUCCUCCCCCCCCCCCCUGCCCAUUCUCCCCACUGCCCAUUCUCCCCACUGCCCAUCCUCCCCCUGCCAUGUGCCGCCCACCAGGUGCAGAUCAUCUACCUCGCUGACCUCCUCUCGCCGCACUGCGCUGCUGGCUCCGAGACACUAGAAGCGGGUCUCUUUGAGUGGGACGAUGUUCCCUUCCCCGACCUUGCCUUCCCCACUGUAUGCCGCUUGCCUUCCCCACUGUAUGCCACUUGCCUUCCCCACUGUAUGCCGCUUGCCUUCCCCACUGUGGCAUGGGCGUUGGAGCACGCGCGGCAGCAGCUGCAGCACCCACAGGCGGUCAUUCAGCCGCAGCUGAGGACCAAAGUGGUCGGCACCACUGGCAUGUUCAGCGGCUCCUAUGUGGAUGCAUAA